AUGCCUUCUACAAAGGAGACUCGCCAAGUGCUGCCUGAAGCUUCCGAGGCUCCCAAACCCGUUCGUGAGGAGGAUGCGGCCCUGCAAGAGUUGGAAGACUCUGAGGAUACUCCCGGUUUCGAAAUUGGAGACGAUAUUGUUGAAAAUGCAAGUACACAUGCCAGUGGUGAUGAGGAAGGGGAGGAAUCUUCCGAGACUGAGGACGAUUACGAUUCGGACGACUCUGAUGAUGAGUAUACUCGGAACCGUAUAGGCAAAGUACCGCUGAAGUGGUAUCUCGACAACCAUGAUCAUAUUGGUUAUGAUAUCUCUGGAAAAAAGAUUGCACGCACUGUGAAGACUUCCGAGAUAGAUACUCUCUUGAGAGCGGCUGAGGAUCCCGAUGCUUGGCGCACCGUCACUGAUAUCAAGAACGACAGGGAGAUCAAGCUAAGUGACACCGACCUCAGGAUCAUACAGUGA